CCAUCCGCGUCGUUGCAAUUGCACAGCUCGGAGUCGCAGCAGCACGUCUGUUUGUCUCUUUGAAUUAAAUUUCGCUCAGAAAGUUCUCUCAAUAUAUUCCACAGACGGUUCGGAGAAAACCAGUUUCCUCAUCAUUUGGUUACGGAUUAGGGUUUAUGUGAAAGCGAUUUCGUAUACGAAGGAAUCCUCUUCUCCGUUGGAGUUUUGGAACGAUGAGAGCCAGAUUGGUUGUUUUCCCAAUCAGAGGAAGAAAUUGGUGUUUCGGCAGAUCCAUUGACCCCGCGGCUUCCGAUUCUGCUUCUUCUCAGACUCCUUCCACUCUCAAAGAUCUCUGGAUUAGAAUCUCCUCGUCGUCUUCCUCCAAAUCCGACGCUCACUCCAGCACUACCAGUAGUAGCAAUGCGGAAAUUGUUACCGAUUUCAUCUCUUUCAAGAUGAAUAAAGCGUGGACUGCUCUGGAGAAUGCUCCUAAUGGAUCGUUUAAAAACAAACUUCACGGGAUCGGAUUGAAGCUUUUAUCUCGAGUUAAGCCGGAUGAGAUAUUCUUGAAGUCGAUAACCAAGGAUGUUACAAAUGUCGAAAUAACAUAUCCAUCGAGUUUAAAUCCACGGCUCGUUCGCAGGAGGUUACGGCAUAUUGCCCUCAGGGGAACUGCCAUCCACAAGAAAUACUUCUAUGGUUCAGUUUCGUUGCUUCCAGUAACAAGUGCAUUUACUGUUUUACCUCUGCCAAACAUUCCUUUCUUUUGGGUUUUGUUUCGCACAUAUUCUCAUUGGCGAGCUCUGAAGGGAAGUGAAAAGCUCCUUCAAUUGGUCUCGGAUAGAUCUUACUCGUUCAACUCAUCCACCGAUGGAAAUAAAACCGUGCACAAAGUACGACAGCAUCCAGGUUCAACAUUGGACCUGCAGCCAUCAAAGGAACUUGACAAAAUUCUGAGCCAGAUGGAGGGACGUGGUGGUGAUACAACUGCAAUUAAAGAUAUCUGCAAGAUCUUUGAUUUAAACGCGAAUAAUGUUUUGAAGUACAAGGAUAGAAUGUGAUCACGAUCCCAUAUUCAGAUGGGGGGAAAAGACAAGGAGAUGAUGAGAUGGGGUGGAAGAUGAUCCAACAAAAUCAUGGAAAACGAAAUAACCUGAGCCCACAACGCUUGAACCAGUGGUGUGUUAUGCUUCUCGGAAUUUACAUUGUUCUACAAAUAUAAAAGGAGAGAGUGCAUGCUGCGUAGUCUGAUGAUCUGAUCCAUUCCCAGGGGAGAGGAAGGAACAAGAAUCGGAUCCGUCUAAGACAUUCAAACCAACAAACUACACAAGUUGUUAUUCUCUUCUUUAUGCCAUUGCCACCACAUCAGAUCCCGUACUGGUCAGUACCUUUGGUUACAGAAAACUAUCCAUAAUUUUGUUUUUGUUUCUGUUUUUGCUUUUCAAUUAAAAUGCCACUUCUGUAAUUUUAGACCUCAUCCUUCCACCAUAUCUCAACUUAUUUGUUCAUUUGAUUUUAAAAUAUCAAAUAACAUAACAUUGAAUGUCUA